GUAAAGAGCAAAUUGUGCUGUUUCUUUUUGGCAUUCUUUACUCUUUAUUCUUGGAGACUAGCGACUUGUCACUGCCUCCCUUUGGCUUUGCCUCUUCCAUAUCUGUCUCUUUCUUUUUCCAGUUCAGAACAACACCCCCCCCCCCACCAAAUUACAAUCCACUUUGUCAGUAUAUAUAUAGAGUUGUAUGUAUAUUUUGCUGUAUGAGAUAUUCAGAGAGACAUUAAGAGUUGUGCAUGCUCAAAGAUUCAAUCUUUACUUUUUUUUUGGGGGUUCUUAGAUCCCCUUAAUCUUGAAGUCUUGUUUUUGCUGAGGCAAGAAAAGAUUCCAUUUUUUUUUCAAAGGGUCUUUGUGUAUUCAGUCUUGGUUGCUAAUUGUGGCUAUUUGGGUGUCUUGUCAGCUAAACAUUUGGCCUUUUAUCUUUUUUCUGUCUGGGUAAUUUGUCAUCAUCUUUCUGUUUAUUGUACAAUUCUUGAAUAAAUUGCUGCUUUAAGCACAGCCAGUUUGCUGCAAGGCUGCAACCUGUAAUGCUUUGAAAGAAGUCACAGUGAAAAAAUUUAAGUUGUUUCAACUUUGGUUUUUCUAGGAAUGUGCCCAAGAUGAUCUGUUUAUUUACUGAAGUUAGAAGAGUGCAAAGAUUGGAUUUUGGGCAUACCCAUUUGAAAAUGAAGAAAGGGGGUGUGUUUGCAUAUGCCCCUUCUCUAUCUCCCACAUCUCACUCUUCAUUUGGUGCAAAUUAUAAUUUUCACAAAGCACCAAGCCUUUCUCCAUCUUCUUCUGGGAACAAAAUUAGUCCAGUUGUUCUUAUCAUUAUAGUCAUAUUAGCUGUUAUCUUUUUCAUAUCAGGUCUUCUCCACUUGCUUGUUAGAUUUCUUAUCAAACACCCUUCUUCUUCACCAUCAUCAUCUCAGUCUAAUAGACAGCCAGAAGUUUCUAGUUCUGAGGCCUUGCAAAGACAAUUGCAGCAGCUUUUCCAUCAACAUGAAUCUGGUCUUGAUCAAGCUUUUAUUGAUGCAUUACCUGUCUUUGUGUACAAAGAAGUAGUUGUUGGUCCUACUAAAGAGCCCUUUGAUUGUGCUGUUUGUUUGUGUGAAUUCUCUGAAAAGGACCAGUUGAGAUUACUCCCAACUUGCAGCCAUGCUUUCCAUAUCAAUUGCAUAGAUACAUGGCUCUUAACAAACUCAACUUGCCCCUUAUGUAGAGGGACCCUUUUCGAUCCCGGAUUCUUAGCAGGUUUUGAUUUUGAUAGCCCCAUAGAAGAAGAUGGAUGUGCUGGUAAUAGAGAUCAUGUGUUGUCUGCUGCUCAGAAAACAAUUGAAAUUGAGGAAGUUGCUGUUGAUAAAGCAACAUUUCCUGUUAGACUUGGUAAGUUUAAAAAAUUGAAUGUUGGUGCAGAGGAGGGAGAAGGAGAGAGUAGUAGUAGUAAUUUGGAUGCUAGGAGAUGCUAUUCAUUGGGUUCAUAUCAGUAUGUGGUGGGUGACUUUAAUGUUAUGGUAGACUUGAGCAGUGAGCAAAACGCGUACAAUGUGAAGCUUGCCAAGUUGCGCGAACGCUGUGCUAAUUUAUCUAUAGAAAGUGAUGGGGAGGGGAAAAGGAUAAGUAUUGGAACGAAGACGGAUAGCUAUUCUUUUUCCAAGAUUUGGCUUUGGUCGAAGAAGGCAAAAUUUGCAACUUCUUCAGAAUGUCAAUUGGAGAAUCCGCGUCCUAAUAUGGACUUAACCUGGUUGGCAAAAACAGAAGACAGUUAAAGGACGUUAUGUUUUGUUUUCACUGUUGAUCUUUUUGUUAUCUGAUGGCGUAGAGGUACUGGAAUCCUUUGAGAUGCUACAUAUUAACAAUCUUAGAUUGUAGAAUGGAUAAAUACUUGUAUCCUGUGAUUGCUUGUAUUUGUAUUUUAUCUCUUGAAGUCCUACAACAUAUUCGUCUCUGAGUCGAGGGCCUAUUAGAAACAAUCCCCUACCCUUACUAGGUAGAAUAAGGUUUGCACGCAAAGCUCUACACCUCUUCAGACCCACUUGUUGGAUUAUAUUGAGUAUGUUGUUGUUGGUUCUUGAAAUGUUAAUUACUCUAUUAGACACGAGUCACUCGACAUUGGCUUCUUUGCUGCAUCCUGAUACUUGCAGUUGCCAAAUUUACUUCAUAUCAAUAUGGUUGAGAAAUGAGAAAGCA